UUUUUUUCAUUUGACACCAAUAUAAGUGCGUUUAAUGAAGCAGGAACUUAGAAAAAUUAUCAAUUAAUAAGAGUUAAUUUUAUACCGUUUUUGCAUAAUAUAUCAUUUCAUUCCAACAUGGUUAAUCUAGUUGUUUUUGCAAGAGCUGCCGUUGGUCGGUCUAUGUCCUCUACUAGACCUUUAUUAACAUCAAAUUUGAACGGAAAUAAGUUUACGUCAAGGAAUGAAUCAACAGGUUUUAAUUUUGAGCCUUCAGAGGAAAGUAAAAGUUUUAUUGAAUUAUCAUCAAAGUUUACUCGUGAUGAAAUUAUACCUAAAGCUGCCUACUACGAUAAAACUGGUGAAUAUCCUUGGGAUAUCAUCAAAAAAGCCCAUUCCUUAGGAUUAAUGAACUUUUUUGUGCCAACAAAAUAUGGUGGACCAGGUCUCUCUCUAACUGACAGUUUAUUGAUUGGAGAAGAAAUUUCCUAUGGUUGUACAGGAAUUUCAACAGUUUUGGGUAGCAAUGCCCUUGCUGGUGCACCUAUCCUUUUAUAUGGAUCAGAAGAGUUGAAGCAAAAGUACUUAGGAUGGAUUGCUUCAGAGCCAGUUAUGGGUGCAUAUGGUGUAACAGAACCCGGAACUGGAUCUGAUGUUUCAGGAUUGAAGACUAAAGCUGUAAAAAAUGAGGACGGAGAUUGGAUCAUUAAUGGACAAAAGAUGUGGAUCACCAACGGAGGUACUGCUAAGUGGUUCUUUGUGCUAACCAGAACGAACCCAGAUCCUAAGGCUAAAACUAGCGAGGCCUUUACUGGUUUUGUUGUUGACAGAGAUACACCAGGAGUUACACCCGGACGUAAGGAAUGGAAUAUGGGUCAACGUUGUUCAGAUACAAGAGGCAUAAUCUUCGAGAAUGUCAAAGUUCCCAAACAAAAUAUGGUUGGACCUGAAGGUAAAGGUUUCUUGGUUGCCAUGUCAGCUUUUGACUUUACUCGUCCAGCUGUUGCUGCUAUGGGUGUUGGGUUAGCUCGAAGAUGCCUUGAUGAAGCAAGCAAAUAUGCAUUGGAAAGGAAAGCGUUUGGACAGCCUAUCGCCAAUUACCAGGCAAUCCAAUUUAAAUUGGCUGAUAUGAUGAUUGGAGUUGAAACUGCCAAACUGGCUUAUCUUAAGGCUGCAUGGCUUCAUGAUAAUGGAAAGAGAAACACGUUGAUGGCCUCAAUAGCUAAAUGCUACUCUGGUGACAUUGCUAAUCGAUCAGCAACUGAAGCGGUUCAAGUUUUUGGUGGCGCUGGUUUCAAUGCUGAAUAUCCUGUUGAAAAAUUGAUGAGAGAUGCAAAAAUAUUACAAAUUUACGAAGAAACUGGAGAAAUUCAAAGAAUGGUCAUUGCUCGUGAACACAUUACAGAAUUGGCUAAGAAAGUAAUGUAAUUCCUUAAUUCGAAUGCGUAAACAGAGUUAACCAAUUUGAAUUUUUCUCGGAUUUUUCAUCAAAUUCUGAACCAACAAAUUAUUAUACCUCAAAAUCAUCUGAUAUAAUCAUCUUUAAAUCAUAUCUACAAAUCUAAAUAUUUUAAAUUAGAGCGCAAAUAAUUGAUUCAAAUCAGCAAAAUGUUUAUUCAAAAUUAAAUUGAUCGGAUCAACUCUCAGUCUUCUGAA